AUGGCAUCUCUAAUCAGCAGCCUCACGGGCGCCGCCCCUACAGUCUACGAUCUGGUCGUUGUCGGUAGCGGCUUUGCUGGAUCUAUGACGACCUUGAACUUCCUUCAGGAGUGCAAGAAGCUUGGUAAGACCGGUAGAGUCGCCCUCAUCGAAGCUGGAAAGGAUGGUGAGCGAUGUGGUGCAUCCCGGUGGACAAUGGCCUACCUGCGGCUGGACAAGGAUAACAAGUUCGACGACGCGUGGAAGGACGAGAUGAAACUGGUCAGCGAGGGCCUUGCCGACCAAGAUUACUGCAAGAAAAUGGAACAGGAGGUGCCCACAACGGUUCAGUAUCUCAUCGACCACGGUGUUCAAUUCAACCAUCACGACGAGAAGAACGUAUUGUUGGAGUUCAACACGAAUCAGCAUUUUGUCUUUCCCGAGGGCGGUGGCCACGCCAUUAUCAACAAACUGUUCGAGAACAUCACGAAGUUUGACAAUGUCGACGUCAUGUGGGAAACGAUGGCCGAAAAGCUGCUCACAACCGAAGAUGGCGAAGUUUGUGGUGUCCAGGUCCGGAAGUCAGAUGGUAAGCUGAAGAAGGUGCAUGGAAAGAAGGUUAUGCUAUCAUGUGGUGGAUUCGAGGGCAACAGAGAAAUGCUAGGUCGCUAUGUUGGUCCCCGGACAGAGCAUCUCGAACUCAUUGCCCCCGGUCUCAAGUACAACACAGGUCGCGGUCUGCAGAUGGCUCUGGAAAUGGGUGCUGCAACUGCCGGUAGCAUGUCUGGCAUGCAUUGCGAACUCGUCGACACACGUGCAACGAAGCCAGAUGCGGUUAUCUGGGGUCACAACUACGGUAUCGUUGUCAACGAACACUGCAAGCGCUUCUACGAUGAAGGAAAGAGGCAUCUUUUCGCGACGUUCGAAAUGAUCGCACUCGAGACGUGGCGCGACCAGAACCAGAAGUCCUACUUCGUGACUGACAGCGUAAUCAUGGACCACUUCCGUCCAGGCUGGGUCUACGACACGACAGACCAGGAGCCCGAGCAGUCGGACACCAUCGAAGGCCUCGCCAGCAAGCUCGGCAUCGAUCCAGACGAGCUCAAGAAGACUGUCGACGACUACAACUCGGCUAUCAACGACAAGCCGUUCGAUCUCAUGAAGCUCGACGGCAAGGCUACCAAGGGCCUUUCGCCCAACAAGACCAACUGGGCGAACCCCAUCUCGAAGCCACCAUACUACGGCUACCCGAUGAAGGCGCAGCUGACCUUCACAUACGGCGGCAUCAAAUGUGAUCUGAAUUCCCGCGUGUUGGCAACCAAUGGCGCACCAAUCCCCAACCUGUACUGCGCCGGAGAGCUUUCAGGUCUUUUCUACAAUGAGUACCCGCCCGCUACAUCGGUGCUUCGUUCCCUCACCUUCGGCCGCAUUGCCGGGAAAGACGCGGCCCAGGCUCUAUGA